GGUAAAAAUACAAAGCAAGCAAAUUAUGUACAAUAUUUAAAAGUAUGUACGGGGUUGCUCUAUAGUCCUACUUUUAUAUUCCUACUUUGUAAUACUGGAUUGUGCUAUAUGAUGUGUUCUUUAGCUCAGACCUUCCUUGCUAUGCUUAACGACUUCUGCUCUUCAUUUAUUUUACUUUGAAUAUUGGUUAUUAUUUGAGUACUUCAGGAAGUAUUUCAGUACUUCAGUAAGUACUUCAGGAACUUUUGCAGAGAUGAAGAACUGCACGUGGUCAACUUCAGUUUUCAGUGUGUACCCGAAACAGAAAAAUUUGAAGGCUCGGGCUGUGCUCCAAAUCCCCUAUCAAUAAGAGUAUUCAGACUUCUAGAGAUUUUGCUUAGUAGAGUUAUAUGUGUGCUCUAUUUCUUCGGUGUGGGGUGGAGAUGAAACCAAAACCAUGUCAGCUGUUGGAAGCUCACUAUAUUUUGUACGUUCUCAGUUUCUUUACUUGUAGAUUUUUCCAGAGGAGUAUUCAAUGUGCAAACAGCCCCCUACCCCAUGUGAUGUUGUAACAUUGCAAGAUUUGGGAUUCAUUUGUGCCAAGACUGACUUGCUAAAUAUGCAUGCAACUCACUUUACAGCUUAGGAGAAAAAUGGUAGCACAGUAGUAUCAUAUGCUGAGCACUUAGGAACUGACAAGUGACAGUAGCAAGAGCAGUAAAGCAUUCAUAGACAGGCAACAAUGCAUGGAUAAUGAAACUGUUUCUCUGGGCAGGAAGCCUAUAUAACCACAUAUAGGUUCAGCUUGUUAGCCAUCGUGUUUUCCCAUGCUUGGGAGAAAGAGAGUAAUUUGAUACACAGACCACAGAUUUGGAAAAUCUUGUUCAUGAAGUCUUUGGUCUUUGAUAGGAAUGUAGCUGGUUUAACUGAAGUAUCAUUGCCUCUCUCUGCAGAAUCUCUCAAACUAAAUGCUGUAUGUUAUAAUUUUCAAAAUGAGGGUGCUGUUUUGCAUGACUCCCUACACUAAAAUCAUAGCAAGCCAUUUAUUCUGCCAAAAAAAUUGUUCACAUAUAUAUGUGAUAGGAACAAAGAGAGGAAGCAAUCACGGAUCUGGAAGCUAUAGUCCUUAUUCUCCAAUAACUCAUAGUAUGACAUGGAAGGAGUCACUCACCUUCUCUGUAUCUCAAUUUCCCAUCUGUAAAAUGGGCUUAAAAUACCUACCUCACAGGGGUGUUGUGAGGCUUUUUAACAUAAAGUUUGUAAAGUGCUUUGAGAUCCUUGGAUGAACGGUGCAACAAGAAACCAAAUUAUUCAGUUUUUUUUUUUUUUUUUUUAGUGCCAUACAAAAGUGCACUUGUGUUCAGGUGGCUGAAGGCUUCCAGCUCUUUAAAGCUACUCCACAUACCCUCCACUAUAAUUUCCCUGCCUGUCAUUUAUCUUAUCUAUUGAGAGUUAAAAAGAACAAAUAUUGCAAUCAGGAAUAUCUAAAUCAUCAUGGUAUUCUGGGAAUGAGGGCUAAAAUAAUCUGAUAUUCUUUUUAAACUAUGUUGCAUAUUCCUUUUCCACACAACCCUAAAACUUACAGGGAAGAAAAAAAAAAAAAAGAUAUGAUGACUGCAUCCACUCUUCACCUGACUGGCUAACUUGUUUCUUUUUGAGACAAACUCAGAUGCUUCUUCAAAUUAAAAAAAAAUGCAAUUUGAGCAGUUUGAGGUUCCAAAAAUUCUGUAAGGAGUAGAGUACGCUUUUAGUGCUAUAUGCUUUACAGUCAUUUAGCAAAUUGCCAUUAAACAACAUAGUAUGAAGGUUGUUACCAUGUUAAAGGUUAGAUCUUACAAAGCAUAGAAACAUGAAGUGAAAACAAGAUUUGCAUUUACAGAGCUGAAUAAAAGAAAAGACACAUAGGUUCACAUAGAACUGCUGGGCUGGCAUAUGUUGUAGAAGUACCGUUAACUAAUACACAAGCUAAUUCAGUACUCAAACACUUAGUUUAAUAAACAGGUGACACAGGUGCUUCACUAGAGCAGGCCAGAAGUCUCAGGAUCUAACAGACUCUAAUCUGGAGAAGAUGGUACAGUAUACAUAGAUAUCCUUUUCAUUGAAAUUAACUACUUCAUGGAGAUAAACAUGAAAAAAAUAUUUGAUAAAGAAAGAAAAUGCAAGAAAAGGACAAAAAUUAAAAGAGGAGGAAUGAAAUUAGAUUAAAAUAUUUUUGUUUUCCUCCCUCUCUCAUCAAGAAUUCAUGCUUUACACUUUCUUCUCCUCCACCACCUUUUUUUCUUCUUCUUUUUAGGACUGAACGGGCAGGAGCUCUGAAAAGGAUAUAACCAAUCAAACAGAAUAAAAAUAUUAGUUACAGCUUUCACCCAACUUCACCUACUCAAAAGGAAUUUACAUGUCUUCACUCAUACAAAGACCAUCAAAUGAAUUGUCACAAUACUCGAAUAAUGCAAGACACAGAAAAAGACGAUAACAAUAAUGAUGAGUAUGAUAAUUACGAUGAACUGGUGGCCAAGUCAUUGUUAAAUCUUGGCAAAAUUGCAGAGGAUGCAGCAUACAGAGCCAGGACAGAAUCAGAAAUGAACAGCAAUACAUCUAAUAGUCUGGAAGAUGAUAGUGACAAAAAUGAAAAUAUUGGUCGGAAAAGUGAGCUGAGUUUAGAUUUAGACAGUGAUGUUGUUAGGGAAACAGUGGACUCCCUUAAAUUACUAGCACAAGGACAUGGUGUAGUGCUAUCAGAAAACAUUAAUGACAGAAAUUAUGCAGACAAUACUUCACAGCAAGAUAAUAGGAAUAUGAACUUUGUAAUGCUAGGGAAGCCUGUGAACAAUGGACUUACGGAAAAAAUGGUGGAGGAGAGUGAUGAAGAGGUGUGUCUCAGCAGUUUGGAGUGCUUAAGGAACCAGUGUUUUGAUCUGGCUAGGAAACUCAGUGAGACAAACCCACAGGAAAGAAAUCAACAGCAAAACAUGAACACUCGUCAGCAUGUCAGGCAAGAAGAUGACUUCCAAGGAAGAACACCAGACCGGAAUUACUCUGAUAUGAUGAACCUAAUGAGGCUUGAAGAACAGUUGAGCCCCAGAUCUAGGACUUUUUCUAGCUGUGCAAAGGAGGAUGGUUGUCAUGAAAGAGACGAUGAUACCACCUCUAUUACUUCAGAUAGGUCUGAAGAAGUGUUUGAUAUGACAAAAGGUAACUUAACCCUUCUUGAGAAAGCAAUUGCUUUGGAAACUGAGAGAGCAAAAGCCAUGAGAGAAAAAAUGGCAGUGGAAGCUGGAAGGAGGGAUAAUAUGAGAUCAUUUGAGGAACAGUCUCCAAGACAACUUUCUGGGGAUGACAGGAAGCCUAAACCCAGUGACGGCCAUGUCAAAAAGCCAUAUUAUGGUAAAGAUCCCUCAAGAACAGAAAAGAAAGAGAGCAAAUGUCCUACCCCUGGGUGUGAUGGAACUGGCCAUGUAACGGGGCUUUACCCCCAUCACCGCAGUUUGUCAGGAUGCCCACACAAAGAUAGGGUCCCUCCAGAAAUUCUUGCCAUGCAUGAAAAUGUUCUUAAGUGUCCUACACCAGGCUGCACAGGCCGGGGCCACGUAAAUAGCAACAGGAAUUCCCACCGAAGCCUCUCUGGAUGUCCUAUUGCUGCAGCAGAGAAACUGGCUAAAGCUCAAGAGAAGCAUCAGAACUGUGAUGUGUCAAAAUCAAACCAGGCAUCAGAUCGGGUUUUAAGGCCCAUGUGCUUUGUUAAGCAAUUGGAGAUCCCUCAGUAUGGCUACAGAAACAAUGUCCCCACCACCACACCCCGCUCCAACUUGGCCAAGGAACUAGAGAAAUACUCUAAGACUACGUUUGAAUAUAACAGUUAUGACAACCAUGCCUAUGGCAAGAGAGCCAUAGCUCCCAAGGUGCAAUCCAGAGAUAUAUCCCCCAAAGGAUAUGAUGCUAAACGUUACUGUAAGAAUUCAAGUCCAACCAGCAGCACAACAAGCAGUUAUGCCCCUAGCAGCAGCAGCAAUAUGAGUUGUGGUGGAGGCAGCAGUGCCAGCAGUACCUGCAGCAAGAGCAGCUUUGACUAUACUCAUGACAUGGAGGCAGCGCACAUGGCUGCUACUGCUAUUCUGAAUCUCUCCACCCGCUGCAGGGAGAUGCCUCAGAACCUCUCCACUAAGCCUCAGGAUCUCUGUGCGAGGAAUCCUGAUAUGGAAGUCGAUGAAAAUGGGACCUUGGAUCUGAGCAUGAAUAAGCAGAGGCAGAGAGAUGGUUGCUGUACCAUUUUGACACCACUGGAGCCAAUGUCACCACAACGGCAAGCUGUAAUGAAUAACCGGUGUUACCAACUGAAUGAGGGUGACUGCUGGGACUUGCCAGUGGACUACACUAAAAUGAAACCCAGUAGGAUAGACGAAGAUGAUUCCAAAGAGAUUAAUCCAGAAGAUUUGGAUCCUUUCCAAGAGGCUCUUGAAGAAAGAAGGUAUCCUGGUGAAGUUACAAUCCCAAGUCCUAAACCCAAAUACCCUCAAUGCAAAGAAAGCAAAAAGGAUUUAAUAACAUGUCCAACACCAGGGUGUGAUGGGAGUGGUCAUGUGACUGGUAAUUACGCCUCACAUAGAAGUUUAUCUGGCUGUCCCUUGGCUGACAAAAGCAUUCGAAGUAUGCUGGCCACAAGCUCACAAGAACUCAAGUGUCCCACCCCUGGGUGUGAUGGCUCUGGGCAUAUUACUGGAAAUUAUGCUUCACAUCGAAGUCUUUCAGGCUGUCCACGAGCAAAGAAAAGUGGAAUCAGGAUAGCACAAAGCAAAGAAGACAAAGAAGACCAAGAGCCGAUUAGAUGUCCAGUUCCUGGUUGUGAUGGUCAGGGUCAUAUAACUGGAAAAUAUGCAUCCCAUCGCAGUGCAUCAGGGUGUCCUCUAGCUGCCAAAAGGCAAAAGGAUGGGUACCUAAAUGGCUCACAGUUCUCCUGGAAGUCAGUGAAGACGGAAGGAAUGUCAUGUCCCACCCCAGGAUGUGAUGGCUCAGGACAUGUCAGUGGUAGUUUUCUUACUCAUCGUAGUUUAUCAGGAUGCCCCAGAGCUACUUCGGCAAUGAAGAAAGCAAAGCUGUCUGGAGAACAAAUGUUAACAAUAAAGCAGCGGGCCAGUAAUGGUAUAGAAAAUGAUGAAGAAAUUAAACAGUUAGAUGAAGAAAUCAAGGAACUAAAUGAAUCCAACUCCCAGAUGGAAGCUGAUAUGAUUAAACUCAGAACUCAGGUAACAAUUACCACAAUGGAGAGCAACCUGAAGACGAUAGAAGAGGAGAAUAAAGUAAUUGAACAGCAAAAUGAGUCUCUUCUUCAUGAAUUGGCCAAUUUAAGCCAGUCUUUAAUUCAUAGUCUAGCUAAUAUCCAGCUGCCACAUAUGGAACCAAUCAAUGAACAAAAUUUUGAUGCUUACGUGACCACUUUGACGGACAUGUAUACAAAUCAAGAUCGUUAUCAGAGUCCAGAAAAUAAAGCCCUACUGGAAAAUAUAAAGCAGGCUGUGAGAGGAAUUCAGGUCUGAACAGCUGCUAUAGUGGUGAAAGUCUUGCUUAAAAAAAAAAAAAAAAAAAAAA